GGUCAAUCAAGGGCGGCUUGAUUGAGGAGCAGACAAUAAUGACCGAGUAGUUCAAGCGACACUUUAUUUGUGGACGCGACGUCCCCCCCACCAAUACCCGGCGAUCUUUGGCCGUGCCAGCUCGCCACCAAUAACCGAUUCACGCUUGGGACACCGAAACGCCCUGGAAAGGUCAAAAGGCCGACUUUUUCCCAUUCUUCCCAGACUAUCUGGGUAUUAGCAACCUCCGGGUUGAUUGAUAUUCUUCACCAUGGCCGCCGGAAGCGCGCGCUACGUGCGCUACAUCCUUGUGGCUUUCUUCAUCCUCUCAGUAUUUUACUUUGUGUCGAACUCAGCAGACGUCACCACGCUGAGGGCACACAUUCCCACCGCAAAGUCACCGGGCGAUGGCACCAGCGAUUCGACUGCGACGGAGCCUUCCCCGAACGAAGCCAAGGUCAAGACGACUUAUGACGCCUCUAAGUUUCCCAUGGCGAUGACCCCGAACGAUCCAGGCUGGGACGAGUUGGCGGGUAUCAGAGAGGGCCCGCGGAUGAAUGCCACGUUCGUGACGCUGGCACGCAACUCGGAUGUGUGGGAGAUUGCCAAGUCGAUCCGCCAGGUCGAGGACCGUUUCAACCGGCGGUACAACUACGACUGGGUCUUCCUGAACGACAAGCCAUUCGACGACACGUUCAAGACAGUUACGAGCUCGCUCGUAUCCGGCAAAACCCACUACGGACUGAUUCCCCAGGAGCACUGGUCCUUCCCGGAGUGGAUCGACCAGGACAAGGCGGCGAAGGUGCGCGAGGACAUGAAGGAACGCAAGAUCAUCUACGGCGACAGCAUCAGCUACCGUCACAUGUGCCGCUUCGAGUCGGGAUUUUUCUUCCGACAGGAGCUCAUGAUGAACUACGAGUACUAUUGGCGUGUUGAGCCGAGCGUUGAGCUUUUCUGCGACGUUCACUACGACCCCUUCCGUUACAUGCACGAGAACAAAAAGAAGUACAGCUUCGUACUUAGUUUGUACGAGUACCACGAGACCAUCCCGACGCUCUGGGACAGCACAAAGAAGUUCAUCAAGAACCACCCGGAGCAUAUCGUCUCGGGGAAUUCGAUGGGAUUCCUGAGCGAUGACGGCGGCGAAACCUACAACAAGUGUCACUUUUGGUCCAACUUCGAGAUCGGCAAUCUGAACUGGCUGCGCUCCAAGGCGUACAUCGACUUUUUCGAAAGCCUGGACCAAGACGGCGGCUUCUUCUACGAACGCUGGGGCGACGCGCCGGUGCACUCUAUCGCGGCCGGCCUGAUGCUGUCCAAGGAGGAGAUCCACUUCUUCAACGAUAUUGCCUAUUUCCACGUGCCCUUCACCCACUGCCCGACGGGUCAGAAGACGCGGACGGAUCUGAAGUGCCACUGUAACCCUGACGAGAACUUUGACUGGAAGGGCUAUUCCUGCACAUCCAAGUUCUUUGAGAUUAACAACAUGGAAAAGCCCGAGGGUUGGGAUCAGGAGGGAAAAGACUGAUCGGAUGAUGCAUCAACUCAGUCCCCGCAUCAUGUUUGCCAAUUUGCUUGG